GAAAAGCAAUAUGGCGGCCGUCUUGCACAACCUUCGAUGUUGCGCAUUUCGACCUCUUAUUGUGGAAGAACUGCAGAUCAGAUCUUGUCUUCGCGGUUUACGAACAAGUCCGUGUGCCUUUGGUUUGGAAGAGUUUUUUCCACCUGAAGUGUUUAAAAAAGGAGAAUUAGCUAAAGAGAAAGUUCAUACAGGUAGAAAAUGGCAUGCUGGAGAACUGAGAGGGAAAAGUAAUGAAGACCUUCAUAAAUUGUGGUAUGUUCUUCUGAAGGAGAGGAACAUGCUUAUGACUUUGAAGCAUGAAGCAAAAAGACAGAGUUUUCCAAUGCCAUCUCCUACAAGAACCCAUAAGGUCCAGAAGUCAAUGGCUGCAAUAAAACAGGUGCUUUCUGAGAGGGAAAAAGCAGUGAAAAGCUUAGAAAAUGAAGUUUGGCCAUUUGAUGCAAUUCCAGAAGACAAACCACCUACAGCCAUGGAAGAAGCAAAGGCAGAGUUUUCUGACAAGAAGAAAGAUUACCGUGAUUUGGUUAGAAUUUUAAAACAGGGAAUUAAAGUUGCACAAUGAAAAUGACCUGUGCUUUUCCACAACAAACUCAGAAAGAAGAACUAGGGCUCCAGAUUGUGACAGGUAUGGGCACCAAUGACGCCUUAGUAUUCCCGCUGGUGACCAAAAGUUCUGACCUAGUCACCUGCUGACUAGGUGUUUGUAUUGAAUAAAGGGGGUAAGUUUCUAAAGAAACUGUGGUGCUGUGUCAGAGGGAGAGUAUAGUAGGUAAUUUAGUGUUAACUACUGAGUUGAAAAUGUAAAAUAGCCACUGUAAAGCGUUUUUCUUUUAGUUUUUUUUUUUUAAACUCUUUGUGGUGGCCAAUUUACAUUUUAAACUCAGUUGCUAACACUAAAUUAGGUGUUUGUAUUGUUUUAAAUUCAAAGACAAACAAACCAAGUACAAAAGCACUUCAUGUUGUCUGUUUUACUUCUGCCUUGAGAAAAAUGAGGGAACUGGCAUUAGCAAAGCCUGUUGCCAUCUUACCUCCAUCCUUAGACACACAUUCUAAGUAUGUGAUUUCUGUUCCUCCUUUUCAAUAGGGCACAGAAUUUCAAGUACUUAAUUCAUUUAAUUAAUUAAAUGCCAUUCUUAUGGUAGAUAUGGACUCAGCUUUUAAAUUGGUGACUAGAAAUUUACCACUAGCAAUCAUAGUUGCCAUCUAGACACCAAAAGACAAUUAAGGAAUUUAUUCUAAAUUUUGGGUCCUGAGUAUAAAUGCAGCAAGUCAGAGCUAAAAAAGAUACCAUGUUUAUUGCAAUUGAGAUGAAUACAUUAUAAAAUUUUGCAACUACAAAAUUUCAACUUUUUUCUUAUUUAAUUUACAAAAUUAACACAGACUGGGCAAAGCUAGAAAAGUACCAUUUAAAGACAAUACUUUUUUUCCAUCACGACUUACAAUAUUAUGCGUCUGGAUUCUUUUAUCUUAGAGUUAAUUUUACAAAGUUUGAUACAGCUAUUUUUUUACCCUUUCACUCCCAAGAUCUAAUUAGUAAUUCUCCUUACUAUCUGCCAUACAAUUCUUAUAAUGAUAGUUCAGAGAAUUUGGUAUUGGAUCAACUAA